AACGCAUAGGACUUAAGUUGGCGUUGAUCCGGUUGAUCGUACCUGAUUUUUGACAGUGUCGCCUCUGUACUCUGUGCCACAGAUGUUAUACCGUACUGGUGAUUGCUCCAUUGCUUGAGGCCAACAUGUUCUAUGAUUGACACCUCAGUCUUAUGUGUUUUGUGCCUACAGCUGUGCCUAAAGACAGUUAUUUGUGUACAUAAUAGCCACUGGCAGGUGAUGGUCCUGUGAUUCCUCAGUGUAUAUGUUUUGUGCUUAAAAGCUAGUAAACAAAAAUAAAUUGGCCGAAAAGCAAGGAAAUAAACAAAUUUAUCAAUCAAUUUAUUAUUAACGAAAGUCAAGACACCAUAAUGGCUCUGUACGACAACAAAUACUGGUUGUUAUCCCAUAUACGAAAUUCCUUUAUUUCAACUGACGAUACAGGUAUGUGCGAAUUGGUUAUGGCAGGAGAAGGGAAAGAUAUAAAGUUUCAUCUAAGCAAUAUGGAGCUAUACCCAGACCCCGAAGACAGUGAUGAUGAAGAAGAUGAUUUUGAGUCUUAUGAUCUCCCAUUAGACAUGGAUUUCAGCACCAGAGAGAGGUCCAGCACUAAAGUACAGCUUGAGAAAUUAGACCAAGCAAGGAAAAAAGUGGGCAGGAUGCGUCACAUCCGAUGGGAAACAAGAAAUAAAAAUGCACCAGAUGAAGAGUGCUCUAACAUGUUUGUUAAAAAAGAAGUGAAACCGAAGAAAGAGCAUACUUCAAAAUUAAGUGCUCUAAUGAAGAAUUGCUUGAAUGUCCCAAGAAAUCCAUACAUUGAGUAUGCAAAGUUUGAUGGCAGUGGUCAAGUGAACGUUCCUGUCAAAAAGUACAAGAUGUACAUAACAAUGUUGCCACAACAUCAAAGGAAUUACCCAAUGCACAUUAGCUGUGUAGCAAAUGCAAAAAUACAAGAUUUGAUUGGACUGAUUCUUCUAAAAUUUAGUUCAACUCAAGAAGCUUCAGGCAUUAACCUAAAAUCAGUAUCACAAUAUGGCCUAUACAUCACAGAGGAAGAUGGUGAAGUAGAUAGAGACUUUCCCUGCUUGGACCCCAAAGAACCAGUUUCAAAAUUUGGAUUCAGCACAUUAGGCCUUGUAGAACACAAAGAUGUUGCUAAGACAGUAAAUUUUCCAGAAGACUACCAGUCUGUGUCCAUUCUAGAGAGUAAUAGAACAAGAACGUUGUCAGAUAAGUCAAAAGCCGAUGAGAAUAGGCAGAUGGAAAAUGAUAUACAGGCAGUGGAAGAGCACAACAAGUUGAUGGAGGCGCCACUGUACAAAUCCUUCCGUGCUCACAUGCUAAGCAAAGUGAAACCGAAGGUAGAAGUGAGUAUCGGUGUGAGCGGUGAACGAAUCGAGAUCGACCCCGUGCCGCAGAAGAGUUCCAAGUUGUUGCCGUUCAAGCAGAAAGCGGUUAGUCAUCCGAUCGACACGAUUGCUUGGUGUGAGAUCACAGACGUAAAACAUACGCGCAGCUGCUUCAGGCUGGUGUAUAGUGCCAUGAGUAGUCAUAAUGUGCAGCAAGGGGAGGUCUCAGCUUUAAGCAGCGCUUCAAGUUAUCCCCCAACUCUCCACAGUUCAGCUAGCUUUAAGCACUAUGACUUUGAGAGUGAUAACAAAACUGCCCAGGACAUUGUGCAGAAAAUUAGGCUUAUAUUGGAACUAAAAUCUACUGCAAGUAGAGAGAAAUAUAUGGCUGCAAGGGAGAAAAAGACUAAAAAGAAAAACAUAAAUUUUAUUAAAUAGACUGUUUUUUAUUUUCUUACUUCUUUAGUGAAUAAAAUGUCUAUUCCUAA